GGGGGGGGGGGGGUCGUUAAAAAAUAAAUAUAAGGACGGCCAUCUUUGUUGAUCUGUCUCUGUGUAAAAAUAAUCCGAAACGCCCUCCAACUUUGCCGAUUUGUAUAUUGAACGUAAUAUUUCUUAAUUCAAGAACCGCUUCUUUUUUUUUUUUAACUGUUUUCCUUUUCGAGGGAGAAACAGCGGGCGCUUGUGAGAUGUCCUCCCCGCUCCGGGACUCUGAUGAAGGCGAGGAGACGGCGGUUCAAUCCGAGGCAGCAGAUGUAGAGGAUGAAGAAGAAGAAGAAGAAGGAGAAGAAGACGAAAGAGAGAGAACGAGAGAGGAAAACAGAAGCGACAUUUACCCGUCGGCGGCGGCAGCAGAAACUGCAGCAGCAGGUGAAGAUGACCGGCCGGUGGAAAACUCCGAAGGCGAGGCUGGAAAAAAGAAAAAACGAGGACCCAAGAAAAAGAAAGAAAAAAAAGAGAACAAACCAGUAAAGAUAAGGAAGCGCAAGAAACCAGAGGCAAGCGAGCAGGAAUCGGGGUCCGAGAGGGAGGGAGGAGAGAAAUCCGACAGCGGAGCCAGCGACAAGAAAAGGAGGAAGAAACACAAGGAGAAGAAAGAGAAGAAAACCAAGAAGAAGAAGAAAAAGGAGGACGAAGAAAACGAGGACAGCGCGGGCACUAAGGUUGAACAGAAGUCUUCAGGACAGCUGCUGAGAGACUGGGGCCUGGAGGACGUGGAGCAUGUGUUCACUGACGAAGACUAUCACACCCUGACCAACUACAAAGCCUUCAGCCAGUUCACCAGGCCCCUGAUUGCCAAGAAGAACCCCAAGAUCCCCAUGUCGAAGAUGAUGACCAUCCUGGGCGCGAAGUGGCGAGAGUUCAGCACCAACAACCCGUUCAAGGGCUGCCCGGCCGCCGUGGCCGCUGCCGCUGCUGCAGCCGCCGCCUCCGUCGCCGAGCAGGUCUCCGCGGCAACCGCGUCGCCCGAGCAACCGCCCCCCCCGCGCAAGGCCAAGACCAAAGAAGGCAAAGGCCCCGGGCACAAGAAGCGCAGUCACAGCCCCCGUGUCAGCGAGAAGAAGAAAGUCAAGGGGAAGAAGAUGAAGAUGAAGAUGAAGAUGGCUCCUUUGAGAAUCAAGCUGGGCAUGCUGGGGGGCAAGCGCAAGAGAAGCAGCUCUAGCGACGAGGCGGAUUUGGAAGAGUCAGACCUGGAUAACUCGAGCGCUCACAGCUCCUCCGUGAAAUCGGACGCUUCGGGACGAGCCAAGAAAGGAAAGCGAGGCAGGCCGGCCCGGAAGAAGAAGAAAAUGGUGGUGGUGGGGGGGGAGGCGGAGGCUGACGGCUACGAGACUGACCACCAGGACUACUGUGAGGUGUGCCAGCAGGGCGGAGAGAUCAUCCUGUGCGACACCUGUCCUCGAGCCUACCACCUGGUGUGCCUGGACCCCGAGCUGGAGAAGGCUCCCGAGGGGAAGUGGAGCUGCCCGCACUGCGAGAAGGAGGGAAUCCAGUGGGAGGCGAAGGAUUAUGACGACGAAGACUACGAGGAGGAGUGUGAGGAGGAGGAGGAGGAGGACGAGGAGGAAGAGGACGACCACUUGGAGUACUGCGGGGUGUGCAAAGACGGUGGGGAGCUGCUCUGCUGUGACUCCUGCCCCUCCUCCUACCACCUCCACUGCCUCAACCCGCCCCUGCCGGAGAUACCCAAUGGGGAGUGGCUCUGCCCGCGCUGCACCUGCCCCCCAAUCAAGGGGCGAGUCCAGAAGAUCCUGCACUGGAAAUGGGUCGACCCCCCUCCCCCCGUCCCUGUGCCCCUCCCCCCCGACGCCAGCCCGGACUGCCCCCCGCCCACCCCCCUGGUGGGGCGCUCGGAGAGAGAGUUCUUUGUGAAGUUCGCGGGGCAGUCUUACUGGCACUGCUCCUGGGUGACUGAACUGCAGCUGGAGAUCUACCACUCGGUCAUGUUCCGCAACUUCCAGCGCAAGAACGACAUGGACGAGCCGCCCUCCCUGGACUGCUGCUCGGGGGACGACGAGGGGAGGAGUGAGAAGCUCCGGAGCAGGGACAUGGAGGAGCGCUACUACCGCUACGGGAUCAAACCAGAGUGGAUGACCAUUCACAGGAUCAUCAAUCACAGCGUGGAUAAGAAGGGAGGUCUCCACUACCUGCUGAAGUGGAGGGACCUCACCUAUGAUCAGUGCACCUGGGAGGAAGAGGACAUGACCAUCCCCGAAUUCGAGAGCCACCAGUCAGCCUACUGGAGACACCGAGAGCUCAUAAUAAAGGAAGACCCGGCAAAACCAAAGAAACUGAAGAAAUUCAAGAAAGAGGAAAUGGACGACACCCCCCCCAGCUCUCCUAUCAACGACCCCGCGGUGCAGUACGAGACCCAGCCCCAGUUCGUGACAGUGACGGGGGGCACACUGCACCCCUACCAGCUGGAGGGGCUGAACUGGCUGCGCUUUUCCUGGACCCAGGGCACCGACACCAUCCUGGCAGACGAGAUGGGGCUGGGCAAGACCAUCCAGACCAUCGUCUUCCUGCACUCGCUCUACAGGGAGGGUCACACGAAGGGCCCGUUCCUAGUCAGCGCUCCGCUGUCCACCAUCAUCAACUGGGAGCGUGAGUUCGAGAUGUGGGCCCCGAACCUCUACGUUGUGACCUACACCGGAGAUAAGCACAGCCGCGCCAUCAUCCGCGAGAACGAGUUCUCCUUCGAGGGAAACGCCAUGAAGGGGGGCAGGAAGGCCUUCAAGAUGAGGAGGGAGGCGCAGAUCAAGUUCCACGUGCUCCUCACCUCUUAUGAGCUGGUCACGAUUGACCAGGCUGCUCUGGGCUCCAUUAACUGGGCCUGCUUGGUGGUGGAUGAAGCACACAGGCUGAAAAACAACCAGUCCAAGUUUUUCAGGAUCCUGAACGGAUACAAGAUCGAUCACAAGCUUCUGCUCACCGGCACCCCACUGCAGAACAACCUGGAGGAACUGUUCCAUCUGCUGAACUUCCUGACCCCAGAGAGAUUCAAUAACCUGGACGGAUUCCUGGAGGAGUUCGCCGACAUCUCGAAGGAGGACCGGAUCAAGAAGCUGCACGACCUGCUGGGGCCCCACAUGCUGAGGAGGCUGAAGGCAGACGUCUUCAAGAACAUGCCGACCAAGACAGAGCUGAUCGUGCGGGUGGAGCUGAGCCCCAUGCAGAAAAAAUACUACAAGUUCAUACUGACCAGGAACUUCGAGGCUCUCAACUCUAAAGGGGGAGGGAACCAGGUGUCCCUGCUGAAUGUGAUGAUGGACCUGAAGAAGUGCUGCAACCAUCCCUACCUCUUCCCUGCGGCUGCCAUGGAGUCCCUGAAGCUGCCCAGCGGGGCGUACGAGGGCAACGCGCUGGUCAAGGCGUCGGGGAAGCUGACCCUGCUGCAGAAGAUGAUGAAGAAGCUCAAAGAGCAAGGCCACAGAGUGCUCAUCUUCUCACAGAUGACGAGAAUGCUGGAUCUUCUGGAGGAUUUCCUGGACUUCGACGGGUACAAGUAUGAGAGGAUCGACGGGGGGGUGACAGGGGCUCUGCGACAGGACGCCAUCGACCGCUUCAACGCGCCCGGGGCUCCCCAGUUCUGCUUCCUGCUGUCGACCAGGGCGGGCGGAUUAGGGAUCAACCUAGCGACAGCUGACACAGUCAUCAUUUUCGACUCGGACUGGAACCCACACAACGACAUCCAGGCGUUCAGCCGGGCACACCGCAUCGGCCAGGCCAAAAAGGUGAUGAUAUACCGCUUCGUGACGCGCGGCUCGGUGGAGGAGCGCAUCACGCAGGUGGCCAAGCACAAGAUGAUGCUGACCCACCUGGUGGUGCGGCCCGGCCUGGGCUCCAAGACCGGCUCCAUGUCCAAGCAGGAGCUCGACGACAUCCUCAAGUUCGGCACGGAGGAGCUGUUCAAACACGAGAACGAGGGUGAGGAGGAGGACAGCAGUGUGAUCCACUACGAUAACGCCGCUGUAGAGAGGCUCCUGGACAGGAGCCAGGACGCCACCGACGACACAGACAUGCAGAACAUGAACGAGUACCUGAGCUCCUUCAAGGUGGCGCAGUACGUGGUGAGAGAGGAGGACAAGAUGGAGGAGAUUGAGCGCGAGAUCAUCAAGCAAGAGGAGAACGUGGACCCCGACUACUGGGAGAAGCUGCUGAGGCAUCACUACGAGCAGCAGCAAGAAGACCUGGCCAGGAACCUGGGCAAGGGCAAGAGAGUGCGCAAGCAGGUCAACUACAACGAUGCAGCACAGGAGGACCAAGAGUGGCAUCAUGAUGUUUCAGAUAACCAGUCGGAGUACUCCGUGGGGUCUGAAGAGGAGGAUGAAGAUUUCGAUGAGCGGCCUGAAGGUCGCAGGCAGUCUCGACGACAACUAAGAAACGACAAAGACAAGCCCUUACCCCCCCUGCUGGCCAGAGUCGGGGGCAACAUCGAGGUGCUGGGGUUCAACACUCGGCAGCGCAAGGCUUUCCUGAACGCAGUGAUGCGCUGGGGGAUGCCCUCACAGGACGCCUUCUCCUGCCACUGGCUGGUCCGAGACCUGCGGGUGAAGACCGAGAAGGAGUUCAAGGCGUACGUGUCUCUCUUCAUGAGGCACCUCUGUGAGCCGGUAGCAGAUGGCUCAGAGACUUUCGCAGACGGGGUCCCCAGAGAGGGGCUGUGCAGGCAGCCAGUGCUCACCCGCAUCGGGGUCCUGAGCCUGCUCAAGAAGAAGGUCCAGGAGUUCGAGCACAUCAACGGGAAGUGGAGCCUGCCGGAGCUGAAGCCGGAGAGCAGCGGCGACUCAAAGAAAUCCUCCCGGGCCUCGUCCCCCGCCAUCCGGACGGUCGCCACGACCCCGGAGCCCAGCGGAAACAGCACCCCCUGCACCUCCCAGCCAGCUACCCCCGCCCCCGUCGACAGAGGAGAGAAGAGCGUGAAGGAUGGAGAGCCGGAGGAAACGGAGGGCAAAGAGGAGAAAACAGAGAAGGAAUCAAAGAGUGCGGAGAGCGGCCGCACCUCAGAGCAGCAGCCUGUACUGGUUCCUGAGGGCAGCUCCCAGGCAGUCACCCCCAGUGAGACACCUGAAAGUCAGGCAGCGGAGUCGGGAGAGGAGGGCAAAGACCCACCACAGAGUGAGGAUAAGAAACUAGAGGAACCGGGAGACCAGGACACAGCAACAGCGCCACCUACAGCCCCAGAGGAGACUCAAGAUUCUGUGAAGAAAGAAGAUAUAAAGAUGGAAUUGAAGCAGGCUGAGAUCCAGGAUACCAAGGGCCCCACAGAGACCCCCGCCACAGAGGUUAAGAAAGAGGAAGUUAAGAUUGAGAAGGAGGCUGGAAGGGCGACCGCAGUGCCUGCUGGGAAGGAGGAGGCUGGCGGCCGGGGGAGCGGGAGGAGAGAGGAGAGGAGCGAGCGGCCGCGGUUCAUGUUCAACAUCGCAGACGGAGGGUUCACAGAGCUGCACACGAUAUGGCAGAAUGAAGAGCGUGCCGCCAUCUCCUCUGGCAAAAUCAAUGAAAUUUGGCACCGUCGCCAUGACUACUGGCUGCUAGCGGGCAUCGUGGUUCACGGCUACGCUCGCUGGCAGGACCUCCAGAGUGACAGCCGGUUCAGCAUCAUUAACGAGCCGUUCAGGAGUGAGAGCAGCAAGGGCAACUUCCUGGAGAUGAAGAACAAGUUCCUAGCUCGCAGGUUCAAGCUGCUGGAGCAGGCCCUGGUGAUUGAGGAGCAGCUCCGACGCGCUGCCUACCUCAACAUGAGGCAGGAGUCCAGCCACCCCGCCAUGGCUCUGAGCGCCCGCUUCACAGAGGCGGAGUGCCUGGCUGAGAGCCACCAGCACCUGUCCAAGGAGUCCCUGGCAGGGAACAAGCCCGCCAACGCAGUCCUGCACAGGGUGUUGAACCAGCUGGAGGAGCUGCUGAGUGACAUGAAGGCCGAUGUGAGCCGCCUCCCCGCCUCGCUGUCCCGCCUCCCCCCCAUCGCAGCGCGGCUGCACAUGUCAGAGAGGAGCAUCCUGAGCAGACUGGCCAGCAAGGGCAGUGAAGCCCAGAGCAGCACGCCCAUCCCCCCCGGACCAUAUGCCACGCCCCCCAACUUUGGGCCAGCCUUUAGCCCCGCCCCUUCGGGGACUGUGACGACGGGAGGAGCCAAUUACAGCCAGAUGGCGCCAGGGUCCUUCAUAUCAGUGUUGAACGGGCCUCCGGUGACAGUCAAAAAAGAGAGGGAUGGGGAGAGUAAUGAACGAAAGGAGGGGAGGAGCAGUGGAGAGGUGAUCUGCAUUGAUGACUGACCCUGCCCCCCAGCACAUCAGUCAUGGAUAUUCCCAGAAUGCACAUAUACCCCUUUAAUAGCACGCCAGAGAUUGCAACUCAUUUAUUGAAACGAUUCUGACAGCAUUGUGUUUUGAGGACAGACACAGCUGAUAAAAGCCAUUUUUUAGAGGUUUUUUUUUUAGUGCUGCCGUGGCCGCUGAUAGCAGGUAAGGCUUAGUCAUGCUGUACUAUAACAAGCCCGGGUUCAACCCAGCCAAGCUUCUGACACCCUGUCAAGAACCUCUUACUGGUCCGAUUCUCGUGCUCACUGUGAUUUGUUGUUUUAUUGUAAGUUUCAUAACCUUUCGGUUUUGUGAUUCACUUUUAUAUAUUUUAAGUGUUUUUAAUUGUUUUAUUUUGUUGAAGCUUCAACCAAAAAAAAAAAUAGUAAGAUGAAUGUGCAAUUCCAGCACUAUAGUGUUCAAAAUACAGUCUGAAAUACUAAAAGAAACGGAAUGAAUUCAGUGACUAACGUUUCCAUUAGAAGUCUUUCUCAGCGUCUUCAGUGUAAAUUCAAUGGCUAACGUUUCCACUAGAAGUCUCUCAGUGUCUCCAGUGUAAAUUCAAUGGCUAACGUUUCCACUAGAAGUCUUUCUCAGCGUCUUCAGUGUGAAUUCAAUGGCUAACGUUUCCACUAGAAGUCUCUCUCAGUGUCUUCAAUGUAAAUUCAAUGGCUAACGUUUCCACUAGAAGUCUUUCUCAGUGUCUUCAGUGUAAAUUCAAUGACUAACGUUUCCAUUAGAAGUCUUUCUCAGCGUCUUCAGUGUGAAUUUAUACCACUUUGGAAACAAAUGAAGACAUUGAAAAAAGUGGGAACGUCUGUUGCUGAAUUUACACUGAGAAAGACUUCUAGUGGAAACGUUAGCCAUUGAAUUCACACUGAAGACACUGAGAAAGACUUCUAGUGGAAACGUUAGUCAUUGAAUUUACACUGAAGACACUGAGAAAGACUUCUAGUGGAAACGUUAGCCAUUGAAUUUACACUGAAGACACUGAGAAAGACUUCUAGUGGAAACGUUAGUCAUUGAAUUCACACUGAAGACUCUGAGAAAGACUUCUAGUGGAAACGUUAGUCAUUGAAUUUAUUCCAUAUUUGUAAAUUCGGCAUUAUUGAGUAUUUUUUUGCCCUGGCAGCAUUGUCCCUGAUAUCUAGGCUGUUUUUUCUGUUUUUCUCUUGCUGCUUGUUUAGUUUACUAUAAUGCACUUUUGACUAAACACAGCCAUGUGGAUUUAAGGUCAUUUCCUGUGUCACUGGUUUGCUUGGCUGUCAUCCCUUUAAAGAGAAAACAGCUUAAAAUAAAAUCUUCUGGUUUUUUGUUUUUUUUUUAACUGCAUUUUUUAUGUUGUUGGCUGUCAUUCUGAGUGGUUGUUACUGUGAUUAUUCAAUUAUUAUAUAUAUGUUUUUGUUUUUAUAAGUCCAUGGUAAGGUGUGUUCACUGACGCUUGGAGCAGCUCUUGUUCAAUUCUUGUUCCUCUGCCAUAGAUACAUGCAACACAGGCAAGACCAGCCAGUGUCUAAUAGAAGUAUCGAGUGAUCUCCCAUUUUGUAAACAAUUUCCCAUUGUUUUUGCCGGCAGUACACUAGCUGUACACUAGGUGGUGCUGGUGCUUACUAUUUCUUUGUAUCAGAAAAUCAACAGCUAUAUUUUAUUUCAGCUAACUAAAAUUAAAUACCGCGCAAGAAAAUACAUUUCUCUUCAGCUAAAUAUCACUCAGUAACGUACCUUUGUUAGUCUGCAACUUGAAAGCUCACAGUAUCCCAAAAAAUCGGAUCAGUUCACUGCAGUAUAGUAAUACAUAGCUGUGGCCAAAAGUGUAGCGUCACCUAGAAUUAUAGGAUUGAGAUAUAUAUAUUUAAACAUAAUUUUGAUCUUUAACAUCAUGUUGUAAUCCAUUUUUGUCAGUUUUUGUUUUCUUUUAGUGUAUGGAAAACCACAAAGCAGUGUGUGAUUCAAUAUUUUAACAAGGUAACAUUAUUCAGCAGGUUUCAUUCGACUUUAUGAAGCAGAAUCAGUAUAUAUAGGGUGAUGCAAAACUUUUGGCCAUAGCUGUAGAUACACUUUUGAUGUAUUUUUU